GCGGGCGACCGGGCAGGGAACGGUCUAAAUCUCAGAUUUCCCAGGUGAACCCGAGCCCAGCCACUUGUCUCCUACCAUCGGAGCCAUCCCUCGUCGGAUUGGGCCCCGAAUUCCUGACAGACCUACCGGACCCUGACUGACUGAAGGGCUCACUCUGACUGACACGCGCUGACAUCCAGGGUCAGGGACGACGUUCAUGCAUGGCGCAUGGCAGGAAGAGGGCAGAGAGAGGUGAACAUGCCCCACGCAGAGGGCAAGAAACAGGAGCCACUGCUGCUGGGGGAGAGCAGGGAGCAGCAGCCGGAUGAGGAGAGCCGCCAAGAAGAAGCAGGUCGGCGGUCAGCUAGAAGUCAGGUUUCUAGUCCUUCUGCCACCACUUCCAGUGCCAACCGUCAGCUGAUGCUAGAAGGGAAGUCAGGACCCUACUUUUCCUCUCUGGACUCCAGCAUCGACAUGCUAAAGAGAAGAGCCCAGGAACUGAUUGAAAACAUCAACGAGAGCAGGCAGAAGGACCACGCACUCAUGACCAACUUCAGGGACAGCCUUAAGAUCAAGGUUUCUGACCUGACAGAGAAGCUAGAGGAGAGGAUGUACCAGAUUUAUAAUCACCACAACAAGAUCAUUCAGGAGAAACUCCAAGAAUUCACCCAGAAAAUGGCAAAGAUCAGCAACCUGGAAACAGAGCUCAAACAAGCGUGUCACACAGUGGAGACUGUGUACAAAGACCUGUGUCUCCAGCCUGAGGCUACUACUCUGGAAGACCAGACCCACAAAGGUGGCAACUCCUGAUAACUACCGAGAUCAUCCCUUCUUAGUGACCACUGCCAAGAGAAGACUCAGAGGCCACAGUUCCUGCUAUAGUGAGAAAAUUUGUUUUCAGAGUUCUGCAAUACAUUUUGGUGGGGGAAAAAAAACAACCCAAAGUUUUAUACCACCCCAAAAUACUGUGAAUCUAGUCCCUACUAUAGGCCCAGCUUUGGUGCUCCCCAUACUUGGCCAACUUACUUUCCCUACCCCCAUCCCUGCAUAGUUGAUUAAACAUUUUGAUUUUCAACCCUACCAAGUUUCAUUCCCAUAAAGGCAGAGAUCUGGUGAGCUCUAGAAAGGAGUCAGAUCCUUUCUUAUCCACAGGGGAGACAGGAAAGCAAAUAUCAGACAAUGCCUCAACCAGCCUAUCUCCCAAUACCUCAUAUCCACUUCCCACGCCCUCUUGUCUGGGUUAUACUUUAUAGCCCUCAGCACAGUUUGCUUUUCCUCAGCUUCCAGAAGUCAAGGAAAGAUCACUGCCUCCCUUUCAUAGAGUAAAAAAAUUCUAUUUUCUUCUUAAAGUGCAGCUCUAAUCUAAUCCAUCUUCUUCACAAAACCACCUGAAAACCCCUGUGCUUGACCUUGAGGUUUUUCUGGAAUGUCCCAUUCUAAAUAGUACACAGAGCUUCUCCGUCUCCCUCAGGGCCUAAUGUGGUCCCACUUUCUUCCUAAGAGACAAGUACCUGCCUCCUCCCUGUAUUUCUGUGUGGCUCACACUGGAUUGUACACCUUUUUUUUUCUUUUUCAUUAUCUUUGUCCAUGUCUGUCUUCCUUUGAGGCCAGGUGUUCUGGGCCCCCUGCAAGUCUCAAAGAGCUGCCAGGGACAAACACCACAACCUAUAAAUAGUUGACCUUUUUUCUUAACUUAAAUAGGAGUGAUGAUUCCUGUAGGCACUUUGUCU